AUGCCGUACUCUUUGGUAGGCCGAAAUGUCCUGAUCACAGGUGGCUCGCGAGGCCUCGGUGCUCUCGUCGCGCAUAAGUUCGCCGCGGAAGGAAGCAACAUCGCUAUCAACUAUAUGUCGAGCAAGGAGACUGCCGACAAGGUUGCAUCCGAGAUUUCGUCCAAGUACAAUGUGAAGGCGAUUGUUAUCCAGGGCGACGCAGGAAACAAGAAUGAUUGUAUCAAGUUUGUCGAUUCGACCAUUGAACAGCUAGGAGGAUUGGAUGUUAUCAUUUCAAAUGCCGGGUGGACAAAAAUGACCAACUUCAGUGACCUGGAUGCCAUGGAUGAUGAUGACUGGGACAAGUGCUGGACCAUCAAUGUCAAGAGCAGUUUCCAUCUAUUCAAGGCGGCUUUGCCUACCUUCAAUGCUAACCCAGAGGGUGGUGCUAUGAUUAUCACCUCAUCUGUAGCAGGCGUUACUCCCAGCGGAAGCAGUUUGCCUUAUGCGGUGACUAAGGCAGCAUCAAUCCAUCUCAUGAAGAGUCUAGCAAAAUCACAGGGCCCUAAGGUUCGAGUCAACGCUGUCUGCCCCGGCCUCCUGCUCACUGAAUGGGGCCAGCGCUUCUCCCCUGAGAAGAUCGAGGGUUGGACAUCAUCGACAGCUCUCAAGCAUGUUCCCGAAGUUGAGGACACUGCGGACGCGUUUCUGUCCAUUGCAAAGAAUUCCUCUAUGACAGGACAAGCGGUCCGAGUCGGUAUGAGCCCCCCUCCCCCCUUUUUCUGA